GUCUCUGGGCAGGGCGGGAGCCCCAUGCUCACGCCCCACCCUCCUCUGAUUUUUAACCCUAGGCAAAUUUCGAGGCUGUGUUUGCAAGAGCCAGAAAGUGCCCAUCCCUGACGUCCAGGCAACUCGAACAGCAGCCCCGCGCCCCACAGGCCCCCACCUUCCCAACGUCACGGGCACUGAGCGCAGUGCCCCCUAGGGGCUCCUCUCCGCUGAGGAAGAAUAGCCAGGACCUUCCUACCUCUGGCCCGUUACCGGCCGGGUCCGGUUCUCCCGCCUGGCGCCCGCCCCGCCACCCCCAGGAGGGACGUGAGCCGCUGCGUCUCUGAGAUCAGCCGCCGCAUCUCCGCGUCGCGGGAGAACCCGCGUCCCCGCUGCGCCGCCCUCGCCUCACCAUGAGCGCGCGCCUGCCGCUCGUCCUCCGCCAGCUCGGCCGCCUGAAGCCCCCCGGCCCGCCGCGCCGCCUCCGAGAGCUUUGUCUCGCCAGCAGCGGCGGGGUCGGCGGAUGUGGCGGCGGGGAGGGCCUGCUCGGGCAGCGGCGGCUGCGGGACACCCAGGCCGGGAGCAGCCGGGGCCCGGGCAGCCGGGCGCCCCCAGCGCGGGACUCGAUCGUCCGAGAAGUCAUUCAGAAUUCGAAAGAAGCUCUGAGUUUAUUGCAAGGAAAAAACCCUGCCUUUAAGCCGGUUCUUGCUAUUAUUCAGGCAGGUGAGGAUAACUUGUUGCAGGAAAUAAACCAGAAUUUGGCUGAGGAGGCUGGUCUGAACAUCACUCACAUCUGUCUUCCUGCGGAUAGCAGUGAAGAUGAGAUUAUAGAUGAGAUCCUGAAGAUUAAUGAAGACACCAGAGUACAUGGCCUUGCCCUUCAGAUCUCCGAGACCUCAUUUAGCAACAAAAUCCUCAAUGCCUUGAAACCAGAAAAAGAUGUGGAUGGAGUAACGGAUGUAAACCUGGGGAAGUUGGUACGUGGGGACGCCCAUGAGUGUUUUGUUUCACCUGUGGCCAGAGCUGUAAUUGAACUUCUUGAAAAGUCAGGUGUCACCUUAGAUGGAAAGAAAGUCUUGGUAAUAGGUGCCCAUGGGUCUUUGGAAGCCACCCUGCAAUGCCUGUUCCAGAGAAAAGGGUCCAUGACAAUGAGCUCCCAGUGGAAAGCACCUCAGCUUCAAAGCAAGCUUCAUGAGGCUGACAUUGUGAUCUUGGGCUCACCCAAGCCAGAAGAGAUUCCCCUUUCUUGGAUUCAACCAGGAACUGCUGUUCUCAACUGUUCCCAUGACUUUCUAUCAGGGAAGCUUGGAUGCGGUUCUCCCGGUGUCCAUGGUACUGGUCCCAUCGCAGAAGACGUGAGUCUCCUUGCUGCCGCUCUGCGGGUUCAGAACAUGGUUAGUAGCAGAAGGAGAUGGUUCCGUGAGCAGCAGUGCAGGAGGUGGAGACUUCACUGCUUGAAACUUCAGCCUCUGUCCCCCGUACCAAGUGAUAUCGAGAUUUCAAGAGCACAGACUCCAAAAGCUGUGGAUAUCCUUGCCAAGGAGAUAGGGUUGCUUGCAGAUGAAAUUGAAAUCUAUGGCAAAAACAAAGCCAAAGUACGUUUGUCCCUGCUAGAAAGGUUAAAGGAUCAAGCAGAUGGAAAAUACGUCUUAGUUGCUGGGAUCACACCCACCCCUCUUGGAGAAGGGAAAAGUACAGUUACAAUUGGGCUCGUGCAGGCACUGACUGCGCACCUGAACAUCAACUCCUUUGCCUGUCUGAGGCAGCCUUCUCAAGGACCGACUUUUGGAGUGAAAGGAGGAGCUGCAGGUGGCGGAUACGCCCAGGUCAUCCCUAUGGAAGAGUUCAACCUUCACCUGACUGGGGACAUCCAUGCCAUCACCGCUGCUAAUAACUUGUUGGCUGCUGCUAUCGACACAAGGAUUUUGCAUGAAAAUACUCAAACAGAUAAGGCUCUGUAUAAUCGACUGGUUGCUUCAGUGAAUGGUGUUAGAGAAUUUUCAAAAAUUCAACUUGCUCGGCUGAAAAAACUGGGAAUAAAUAAGACUGAUCCGAGUGCUCUGACAGAAGAGGAAAUGAGGAAAUUUGCCCGUCUUGACAUUGACCCCUCCACUAUCACGUGGCAGAGAGUCAUAGAUACAAAUGACCGAUUUCUACGAAAAAUAACCAUCGGGCAGGGAAACACAGAGAAGGGCUAUUCUCGGCAGGCGCAGUUUGACAUCGCCGUGGCCAGUGAGGUCAUGGCAGUGCUAGCUCUGACCGACAGCCUCACGGACAUGAAGGAGCGGCUGGGCAGGAUGGUGGUGGCCAGUGACAGAAACGGGCAGCCCGUGACGACAAGCGAUUUGGGGGUGACAGGUGCUUUGACUGUUCUGAUGAAAGACGCGAUAAAACCAAAUCUGAUGCAGACCCUAGAAGGGACGCCUGUAUUUGUGCAUGCUGGCCCCUUUGCCAACAUUGCCCACGGCAACUCUUCAGUGUUGGCUGAUAAAAUUGCCCUGAAACUGGUUGGUGAAGAAGGAUAUGUAGUGACUGAAGCUGGCUUUGGUGCUGAUAUUGGCAUGGAGAAAUUCUUCAACAUCAAGUGCAGAGCUUCUGGCUUGGUGCCCAGUGUUGUGGUGCUGGUGGCGACGGUGCGGGCUCUGAAGAUGCACGGAGGUGGACCAAGUGUAACUGCUGGGGUCCCUCUUAAAAAAGAAUAUACGGAAGAGAACCUCCAGCUGGUGGCAGAUGGCUGCUGUAACCUAGAGAAGCAAAUUCAGAUUGCUCAGCUCUUCGGGGUCCCUGUUGUCGUGGCUCUGAAUGUCUUCAAGACCGACACACGAGCGGAGAUUGACUUGGUGUGUGAGCUUGCAAAGCGGGCUGGCGCCUUUAAUGCAGUGCCCUGCUAUCACUGGUCGAUUGGUGGGAAAGGGUCGGUGGACCUGGCUCAGGCUGUGAGAGAAGCUGCAAGUAAAAAGAGUCGUUUCCAAUUCCUGUAUGAUGUGCAGCUUCCAAUUGUGGAAAAGAUAAGAACCAUCGCCCAGGCUGUCUAUGGAGCCAAAGAUAUUGAACUCUCUCCGGAGGCACAAUCCAAAAUAGAUCGUUACACGGAACAGGGUUUUGGAAAUUUGCCCAUCUGCAUGGCUAAGACCCACCUCUCCCUGUCUCACCAACCUGACAAGAAAGGUGUACCCAAGGAUUUCAUUCUACCCAUCAGUGACGUACGGGCCAGCAUAGGCGCUGGGUUCAUUUACCCAUUGGUUGGAACGAUGAGCACCAUGCCAGGGCUGCCGACUCGGCCCUGCUUCUGCGACAUAGAUCUUGAUACGGACACGGAGCAAGUUAAAGGCUUGUUCUAAGUGGACACGAUUUUCACCGGACUCAGUUCAGGCUCCACAAACACAAACUACUCCUUGCCUUUUUGCUGCAGUUGGAGAAGAAAGUGAAUUUGAAAUAUGCUCUUACGCAAUGCUGGGGAAAUGGUGAAAUAGGCCAAAGAUUUAUUCUCCGUUCAAGAUGAAUUCUGUUUGUAACAGAGUGUAGUGUUCAGGAAAAGGACCUCCACCAAGUCUGAAAGAAACUAAUUUAUUUUCUGUUUCUGCAGAGUUUACAUUAUUUCCCACUGCUUACACUUUCGAAUGUUUAUUUUAUGGGGACUGGGGGAUUAAAAGAGUGUGAACUAAAAGGUAACAUUUUCCACGAUGGAGUUUUCUAUUUUGUCUUUGAACUGAAAAUAAACAUGUGUGUAGAAAACCAACCAGCAAGCUUUCAGUGCCAGAUAAGACGCGCUGACUGCUCUCUAGAGGUAGCUUUUCAUGGUGGGGUUGUUACCUGACACUGAUUUCCUGGAAAAUUGUGAAUGCAACGAGAGCUUUAUAAACAUAACAAGGAAACAAUAACAGAGAAAUAUCAGGUCAGUUGUGAAAUCUUCUGACUGCUGGAAAGUGGUAAUAUCCUUUGGAACAAAAUAGAUUUUAUAUCCAGAACUACUUUUCAGCGCCAGGGAAGUUUACAUCACUUACCUAGAAACUGAUGGGUUUAUGCUAGUUUCUUCCACCGAUGAAUGAAUCUCAAUGGCCAUUAAGCUCUCGCAGGCCCAUAGGGCAAGAGAAGUGACCCUUAAAGGUCGGGUGUUUGGCAAAUGUUUUUUCAUUUUUCCAGCCCUUAAAUUGUUCCUGACCCUCUCUUGUUUCCAUUUUUUCCCUACAAUAAUACAAAAUUACAUAAAAGUUAAGACAAAACCAAGGAUUCAGGAACAAACAAGCAGUGAUUGUCCUCUAAGCAGUAUCAGUAAAGUAGUCACCAUAAAUAUCUUAAAUGUCCCCCAGGCACAUCCUGCAAAAGUCCUCGUCAUCAUAUCCUGCAUGUUCUUGCACCGCACCCUCAGUGACCCUGCUUGU